AUGUCGUCGGCAAUCCCAACCUCAUCUGUCAACCCCGUCAAGGGUAUCAGAAAAAAUGGCAAAAACUGGCACGAUUCCAAGAAACCAUUUCGUCCCACUUCGGGCCUGACAAGCUAUGAGAAAAGGUUGGAAACACGCAAGCGUCAGGACGCAGUUAAGGAACACGAACGUGAGCUGAGGGACGAAAAAGAGGCUGAGCGGAAGGCCCAAAUACAAAAGAUCAAGGAUCGGAGAGCUGCCAAGGAAGAAAAGGAACGCUACGAGAAAAUGGCAGAGAAAAUGCAUCGCAAACGUGUUGAGCGGCUGAAGCGAAGGGAGAAGCGUAAUAAGUUACUCCACUCGUGACAGCAGAAGAAUCUCUCUCCGCUGUUGCUUCAGUGCCUGUCAUGAAUUAUCUUCCUCCUACACGCAGUGUCCGCAUCCCGAUGCACCGCUGUACCCAUUCACAUUCGCGGCAGAUACCAGGUUCUUUUCUUUUCCCUCGGUCCUUCAGUUCUUCAGUUAUUGCAUUACUCGAGAAAUUGGCGGCGAUGCAGGAGUUGGGUUGGUUUUUGAUUGUUUCAGUCUCUUCCUGACUUGAUUUGUAUGACAUGCAAUGUUUCGACGGAAGAAUAUCUCGGUGAAUAUAGUUCAUGGAUCAAAAUGACAUUCUCAUAAUCCACAAUUCCAUCUUUUUGAUGGCUUCUCAAGACACUUGCUCGAUUAGAGCUGAAGAUAUUGAUCAGGACCAGAUCUCGCAUGGUGCAGCUAUGUCAUUGAGGAGGUGUGGUUAUUAAGCCCUAGAGAGUAUACAGC